AUGCCAUUGAACAUCUUUAUGAGAUCGCUCGCUCCCCUCGUCACACUGCGUUCGAAUAAGGACCCCGCAGCCGUGAAGCUUAGCACCAUUUUCAGGCCUGUGCCAGCUGCCUCAAACAAGAAGCUGUCUACGACACUAUAUAAGAGUGAGCCCACAGUGGCACUGGUGCUUCGUGGCUGGGAUGACGAGAGAUCUGAGAGUGUUGACCCACUCGAACCAGAUCUAGACAAGAUCAAUCCAAUCUUGAGGAUAUGGCUCGAAAGACUAGGUCUUAAGGAAGAUGAUCUCGAAAAGCUCCAAAAGCCCGAAACCCGACCCGACCCGACUCGACUCUCAAAAGGGUCGGGUUUCGAGCUUUUGGAGCUUUUGGAGCUUUUGGAGCUUUUGGAGCUUUUGGAGCUUUUGGAGCUUUUGGAGCUUUUGGAGCUUUUGGAGCUUUUGGAGCUUUUGGAGCUUUUGGAGCUUUUCGAGCUUUGCGGAAGUCUAGAUAAAACUAGGAAAGAGUAUAUCGGCAUGUACUAG